CCCGCGACCGGCUGUCAUUCUGACAUUAUUGUUGGUGAGGUCAGCGACUUGAACGCAUCGUGCCCGUUUUGAGCCAAUUGUUUCUUUAUAUUUCUUGAUAAAUACACCAAUAUGUUUGAGGCACGAUUACUCCGUAGUUCCAUUUUGAAGAAGGUGCUGGAAGCUAUCAAAGAUCUUCUUACACAAGCCACAUUCGACUGUGAUGAUAAUGGAAUCCAAUUGCAGGCAAUGGACAACUCCCAUGUUUCACUUGUGUCCCUCACUCUGAGAUCAGAUGGCUUCGACAAAUAUCGCUGUGAUAGAAAUAUUUCUAUGGGAAUGAACUUAGGAAGUAUGUCAAAGAUUCUGAAGUGCGCUGGCGACAAAGACACAGUAACAAUCAAAGCACAAGACAAUGCAGACACAGUUACCUUCGUAUUUGAGAGCCCCAACCAAGAGAAAGUGUCUGAUUAUGAAAUGAAACUCAUGAACUUGGAUCUUGAACAUUUAGGUAUUCCUGAGACUGAGUACAGCUGCACCAUUCGGCUACCCAGUGCCGAGUUUGCGCGGAUCUGUCGCGAUCUCUCACAGUUUGGAGAGUCCAUGGUCAUUUCUUGCACAAAAGAGGGAGUAAAGUUCUCAGCAACCGGCGACAUUGGCUCGGCGAACAUCAAGCUUGCCCAGACAGCAUCCAUAGACAAGGAGGAAGAAGCUGUGGUCAUAGAGAUGGAGGAGCCAGUAACGCUCACAUUUGCUUGCCAAUACCUUAAUUACUUCACAAAGGCCACAUCAUUGAGUCCACAGGUUCAACUAUCAAUGUCGGCCGAUGUCCCUCUCGUCGUUGAAUACCGCAUUCCAGACAUAGGUCAUAUCCGCUAUUACCUUGCACCCAAGAUUGAAGAAGAGGACAGUUAGACCUGCAUAAGUUUAAGUUUUAAUUCAUACUCACACAUUCAUGUUGUACUUGUUCUUUUGAUUAACAUCAUGUUUAUUUCCAAUUUGUUGUAACUAUAUUGUCUUGUUGAUAUACUGCGUGUAUCGCAAUAGUUGUAAUAAAUACUAUUUUUCUAAGAAUUAAAGAAAUACAUUCAAAUUAGUAUAUACUUUCAGUGCCUUAAUUUUGAAGCCCAAACCUUGUGAUUCAUUUUUGCUUAAAAAGCUAAAUACAAAUGAUUAAUGUUGUCUGUGGGUUUUAUAUCGCCGUGUGAUGUGUAAUGGCUGUAUUUUAUCAAUAAAACUCAAUUAUUCA